CGGCAGAACGCAGGGGUGGAGGAAGUGGAUAUCCCCGCUAAUUCCGUCUACAGAUACCCCCCGAAAUCCGGUUGCACAGCUGGCUGGAGAUGACUGAUCCUUGACAGCCUGGCUUCCCACAGGGCUCCCCCAGCUCCCCUUUUUACGUGAUUUCAAGGCCUCUGUCCUUUUGAUGCCAGGGAGUUACUUUGCCAACCACUUCAUCAUGGGCGGGGAGAAGUUCGACUCCACGCACCCCGAGGGGUACCUCUUCGGCGAGAACAGCGACCUCAACUUCCUGGGGAACCGGCCCGUGGUGUUCCCUUACGCUGCUCCACCUCCUCAGGAACCCGUGAAGACCCUCAGGAGCUUGAUCAAUAUCCGCAAGGACACCCUGCGCCUCGUCAAGUGCUCGGAGGAGGUGAAGACCCCGGGGGAAGAAGUGAGCAAGGCCAAGGUGCACUACAACGUGGAGUUCACCUUCGACACAGACACCCGUGUGGCCAUAACCAUCUACUACCAGGCAACCGAGGAGUUCCACAACGGGGUGGCGAGCUACACCCCCAGGGACAACAGCCUGCAGUCGGAGACGGUGCACUACAAGCGAGGGGUGUGCCAGCAGUUCUGUGUGCCCUCCCACACCAUCGACCCCUCUGAGUGGAGCGAGGAGGAGCUGGGCUUCGACCUGGACCGUGAGGUUUAUCCCAUGGUGGUGCAGGCGGUGGUGGAUGAAGGAGAGGAGCACAGUGGGCACUGCCAUGUGCUGCUGGCCACCUUUGAGAAGCACAGCGAUGGCACCUUCUGUGUGAAGCCCCUCAAGCAGAAGCAAGUGGUGGAUGGAGUGAGCUACCUCUUGCAGGAGAUCUACGGCAUCGAGAACAAGUACAACACGCAGGACUCCAAGGUGGCCGAGGACGAGGUGAGCGAUAACAGCGCCGAGUGCGUGGUUUGCCUGUCGGAUGUCCGGGACACCCUGAUCCUGCCCUGCCGCCACCUCUGCCUCUGCAACACCUGCGCCGACACCCUGCGCUACCAGGCCAACAACUGCCCCAUCUGCAGGCUGCCUUUCCGAGCCUUGCUUCAAAUCCGAGCCAUGAGGAAAAAGCUGGGCCCCCUCUCGCCCACCAGCUUCAACCCCAUCAUCGCCUCGCAGACCUCCGACUCCGAGGAGCACUCGUCCUCGGAGAACAUCCCCCCGGGUUACGAGGUGGUGUCACUGCUGGAGGCCCUCAAUGGGCCGCUGACGCCGUCGCCGGCCGCGCUGCCCCUGCGAGCGCUGGGGGACCCCCCGGGCGUGGGGACCCUGCCCUCCUACGGCAGCGAUGGCCCCCUGCCCCCCCUGAGGGCCCUGUCACCCCUCGAGCGCCUGCCUGACUGCGGUCCCCCGGGGCUCAAGCUGAAGAAGAGCAUCUCCAAGUCCAUCUCACAGAACUCCUCUAUCCUGCCCGAAGAGGAGGAUGAGAAGUCGUGCACUGAGUCAGAGCUGAGGGUCUCCAGGAGGAGAUCCCCAGCCCGGUGUGAGGAGGAAUGUGGUGCAACGCCAGAGAGUGAAAACCUCACCCUGUCAUCAUCAGGAGCCAUUGACCAGUCCUCGUGCACUGGGACACCCCUCUCCUCCACCAUCUCAUCCCCAGAAGAGCCCGUGAGCAGCAGCCUGGCUCAGUCCGUCAUGUCCAUGGCCUCCUCCCAGAGCCAGCACUCCCAGCUCAGCACUGACACUGUGUCCUCCAUGUCUGGCUCCUACAUCGCCCCUGGCACGGAGGAGGAAGAGGAGGAGGAGGAGGGGGACGUGCUCCCUUCGCCCGAGGCCGCCAGCGCCACAGCGUCUGAUGGAGAGUCAACACCUGUGGAGUCCCCGGAUCUAAACUUUGUCAGCAUCUCUGCCGAGGAGCGCGAUGCCGAGGGCAACGAUGUGCUGGAGGACGAGGACGCCUCUCCCACACAGGAAGACGGCCCGAGGACAGGCGCUUUCCUCGGUCUGAGGUGUGACAAUAACAAUGACGUGGGCAUCGCACACGUGAGAGCGCUGGACAAUAAACUGUGCUCUGAGGCCUGCUUACCUGGCUCCUCCGUCUGCGUGAAAGUUCAUGUUCGCUCUGUGCCAACACGGUUUUCUUCACCCACGCUUGUGCCCCUUCCCUGCCCAGAGUUGCCCAAAGGUGACAAAUGUAUUGAAGACCUCUGGCCCCUGUGUGGAAGGGGGCAGUGGGCAGGGGACCCUCCCCAGCCUUGCAGGCUCAGCUUCCUCAACCUGUGUGUGGGGAAACGAGCCAAAAAGCCAAGACCACACCCUCCGUGGGGUCUCCAUCAAUACAUUUGUGGACAAGCUGGAAGCAACUCUGCCCCUGCCUUGCCCCUUCAGCUGACUUUGUGGCAGGUCCCAGACUUGCAGCAGGUGCUGGAGAGCCAAGAGAGUGGGUGAAACCCACUGGAGGGAGGGGAAAUCCUUUCUUUCCCCCUGCUCCUUUGGGAAAGCCUCCUCUCCUGCUGCCUCGCCUGUUCCUGGUGGUUUCUGUGCUGGAGAAACACAGCUGAGGCUCUUGGGGAGGAACAGGUGCCUGCCACAAAAGCCCUGUGUCCCCUCCAUCACCCUCUGUCAGCAGCUGGCUGAGCCCUGCCGGCCUGGGGGGCUGGGGAGGGAGCUGGGGGUGUCCCAGCAGCACCUCUGCUUUGCUGGAGGGCCUGGCAAAGCAUCCCUUGUCUGUGGCACCAGCCAAAGCCAUCCUUGACUGCAUCCCUCUUGGUUGUGCCGGGGGGAGGAUGAGGAAGGGGGAGCUUUGCAGCCCAAAUGGCUCCGGCACAGGGUCAAAUUCUUGCUCUGCUGUGAUGAGUGCGCUGGCCUUGUCCCCUGCCUGGGCUGGGGUGCAGGAUCUGGCCCCUGGGCUGAGCCUAGCCGAGGAUGCCCUCUCCAUCCUUUGGCCACCACGCUGAGGGCAGGUGCAGCCCUCAGCAUGAGCUGUGCUGUGCGAGUGGGGUGAUCCAGCCUUGGCAUUUGUGUGGAAAAGCAGAGGGCUGCCCCUCGUGCUGGGACCAGGGGCAGAGGAGGUGUAGAGUGGGGGCUUUGGGGCUGUCCCUGGUCUCCUGGGAAUGGCAGACAUGAUGUUCUCCAUCCCUUCUCGCUCUCUGUAGGACACAAGGCAUUUUUUCCACAUCCUAAGGGACAGUGAUCACUGUUGCCUGACUUUCCUUUUUGAGUUGUUGUACCAGUUUGUGUAGAUCAGGAUGUUCCAGCAGUUUUUAACCAGGGUAAUGCCCAUUCCAGUAGGGUUGGAGACAAAGUGUCAUAUAACACAUCUGACAUCCGUUCUGGUGCACAGUUUUUGGUAGGGGAUAGCUGAAGUCACACCCUGCUCUACAGGUGAAGUUACAAAUACAGAUUCAAGUGGUUACACAGCUGGGUCUUGGUGUCAUCCACUGUUAAGUUGUCACAAGGGGCUCGUAGACAUACAGACCCUUGUCCUAUGGAUACUGAGAUGGAUUCAGGGUCAUUAUCAGGAGACGUUUCGAAAUGAUAGACACAGCUCUGUGUCCAAACACAGCUUGGGCUGGCCAAGUAUUGCUUUCACAUAUAAACUCCUGUCAUUCUCUCACCACACAACCAUCUACAGCAGUGGUUUGCCAUGCAUGUGUGUGGUUGUUCUGAGCCCAUGCUCAGUGCUCCAAUGGAUCUAAUCUGAUUGCUACCACAAGGAUUUGGUGCCUGGUAUGUACAGGAGCACUAUGUAUUGCUAAGACAAAAGCUGUGACCUUACUAGUGAUGGGGACAUAAGAAAAUUUGAUUAAAACCCGCCAGGAUUGAAAUGUCCUUUCAAAUUUCAAUGAAUAAAAGUCCCUUUUUCCAUUCUAUGAUUAUCCCAGCACUGUAGAGGUAGCCACAACUGAGCUGGAAUACAGCUGAGUGCUGAAGACACUUUGCUUUGAGCAAUUCCCAGAGCAUCAGCCAGCUGGUCAUUAGCAUUUGGAUAUUUUUGAUAUUUGAAGCUGACCACUGUGUGUUUCCAGGAGCGGCUAAGGAAGGCUUUAAAGGUUGAUCUGUAGUGUCCAAGUUAUUAAUGGUUGCACCCAAUUGAUCAGUUAGAGUUUCAAGACUGAUACUGUUCAAUACCCCCAUUCCAGUUCCCAAUACAUCAGUUAAAUGUGCGAGGUAACAGCCUCUGGUUUAGCCAGGAAAACCACCUGGUGGAGGAGGUACCUGUAAAAGGUGAAUGUUUUGGUCUCAUAGCAGAAACAUUGGUCUGCAUCUCUUUAAGGACUAGGAUUAAGCAAUAUUUGUUAUUGUUCAACCAAUUUGACCUUGAAAUGUUCAGAGUUGAUUUUAUAGGUUUUUGAGAAGUUUUUGGAGCAGUUGUGGGGGGGUGUGCUGGGCACCCUUAAACCCUCUAGGGUACAGUCAGCUUCUAUAUCAUAAGGAGUUCAGAUCAGUUUUGUGUCUUUAAAUUUACAGUCAUUUAGGCUCAUGGUGAGACAGACUGGGGGUAUUCCAUGUUUUGUGGGUUUGUUUUGGCUGUAUUCUAGAAAUUGUAGAAUUGUAGAAAUUCUUAAAAUUUCUAAAGGCCUGUACCCAGUGUGUGACAGCCCUGUUCACUGAUUGCAGGGAAGGCAGUUGCAUGCUGGCCCUUGAGAUCUGUGGUGUUCAAGAGUCCACAUCUAGGACAGUCUCCAAGCUGGUGACAUUUGAUAAUGAUGUUUUUGUCCUCUCUGUAAUGGACGAAGGUGCGGGACGUGGUUCCUCAAAGCUUCUUUUGAAAUCUCUGCAGAUUUCAAUCUGAUGGGAAAGAGCUUUGAGAGGAGGCAAAAGGCCACAUGCCAGGGAUUUUAGGACACGAGGUUUAACUAAAACCUAUAGAUCUGUGUCCCUGUGUGGAUCCUGCAGAGGGUUGCAGGGGCUGUCCCCAGGGCUCAGAGCAUCCUCUGGCCACGGCCACAGCCUCUGCUGGGGGCAGCGUGGCAAAAGCAGCUUUGGAAAGAGAAACUGAGGAAAGGCAUCUGCCAGAAAAGCUGGCACCAAGGGGGGAGGGCUGGGGAGCUGCUGUAGAAAACCUGAAAGCAGGGCUCUUGCUGGUUUAAAGCUGCAGAUGCUCCAAGCUGUGAGCAGUGGGCCGGGCGAGCUGGUUGGGUUUCACCAGGAUGGAGUCUGGGAGCUGCUCUGCCCA